AUGUCGUCAGACACCACUCCCCCAACACGGGCAGCGGCUUACCUCUCCUCAGACCCCCUGCCCCCGCAUCUCAGCACAAUCAGUCCCGGUGUCCGUCCCGCCGCUGCGUAUCCGAAGAAGCCCUCAAGACCAGGUACGGGCCGCUCGAGCCGGGCCGGAUCACGCCGCGAGAGCCCCCACCUCGGAGCGAUAGCCCUGUCAAGAACACACUCGACGCAGUCGGCGGACGUCGAUCUCGAGUCUGGCGCUGGCUCGUCAGCCUCCACGCCGGGCGUAAACGGACACGACCACAUCCCACCCGACGAGCACGACCGGUUAGACGACGAGGACCACCAUGGACCGGACAUUCCCCUGCUCUCGGCCGAGGACCGGAUAACGAGGGAAGAGGAGGACGCCGUGUUCGCGGACGGCCCGGCGUCAGCCCGCGGAACGCUCAUGGACGGAAUAGCCAAUGUAAGCUGCUCCUUGUCGUCUACAGCUGACGAUCAGAUGGCCAACUCGAUCCUCGGCGCGGGCAUCAUCGGCCUGCCCUAUGCGAUCAAGCAGGCCGGCUUCGUGACGGGCAUCACGCUGCUGAUAGUGUUGGCAGUGGUGACGGACUGGACGAUCCGGCUCGUGGUCGUGAACGCAAAGUUGAGCGGGCGGGAGUCGUACAUUGAUGUCAUGUACCACUGCUUCGGGCGGUGGGGCGCGAAUGCGGUCUCGUUCUUCCAGUUUGCCUUUGCGUUCGGCGGCAUGUGCGCCUUCAAUGUGAUCAUCGGAGACACGAUUCCGGCCGUCCUCCGCUUCGUGUUUCCUUUCCUCGCGGACAGCGACUGGUUCUCCUGGCUCGUGAACCGCAACUUUAUCAUUGUGCUGUGCACUGUGGCCGUGGCGUUCCCUCUGUCGCUGCACAGGGACAUUGUCAAGCUGUCCAAGAGCAGCUCCUUUGCGCUCAUCAGCAUGGGCGUCAUCGUGUUCAGCGUCGUGUUCCGGAGUGUCGGGGUCGACCGCAGCCUACGCGGUGACCCGACACAUGCCUUCUCCGUCGUCCGCCCCGGCGUCUUCGAGGCCAUCGGCGUGAUCUCCUUUGCCUUCGUCUGCCACCACAACACAAUGUUCAUCUACCAGUCGAUCGACGUGCCGACGCUCGACCGCUUCAACCAAGUGACGCACGCGUCGACGUCCAUGUCGCUGAUCUGCUGCCUCCUGCUCUCCAUCACGGGCUACCUCGUGUUCACGGACAAGACGGAGGGCAACAUUCUGAACAACUUUGCCGCCGACGACUGGGUCAUCAACAUUGCGCGUUUCUGUUUCGGCGCCAACAUGAGCACCACGAUCCCGCUCGAGAACUACGUCUGCCGCGAAGUCAUCGAGGAUGCGUUCUACAAGGGCCGGCCCUUCUCGCAGACCCGGCAUGUGGCCGUGACGAGCGGCAUUGUCUUUGGCGCCAUGCUGAUCAGUCUCAUGACGUGCGACCUCGGCGUCGUGCUUGAGAUUGCGGGCGGUCUGUCCGCCACGGCGCUGGCGUUUAUCUUCCCCGCCAUCGCAUACUACUCCCUCACGAAGGGCUCGUGGUCGUCGCGCCAGAAACUCCCCGCCGUGCUGUGCGCGACGUUUGGCAGCAUCGUCCUGCUGUUGAGCACGGGCAUCACGAUCGUCAAGACGCUCAAGGGCGAGGUGUCGCACAAGGUGUGCGCGUAG